UUGCAGCGGCGGCGGAUGCUGGGAGUCUGUGUGUACUUUUCUAUUCAGCCGGAAUAUUAUACAUACAGACAAAGUCGAUCGGUCGAUCCGUAUAGGCUAUAUGGAUCGCGUCCUAUAUUGCUGAUGUGCCCAGCGACCGCACACGGUCAACAAAUAUCUACAAUAGAUCUUUUUUUUCCCCCUUUUGUAUCUAUAUUCCUUUUUCUCCUUCAUUUUUGUUUGUAACCGUCGUUAUGGCUGUUUUCUUAUAUUGCCGAUGCAAUAAAUGGCAAAUCCUAUCGGACGUCAUUUUCCUCUCGAGUUGGUAGGCCUAUUCUCAUCAUAUAAUUUCAAAAGGGAGAUUUAGCCGCUUGAUCAGACCUGCUGUGUACAUCGAACAUACUAAUGUGAGACUAGGCCUAUAUAUGUCUGAGACCGUUUAAUGUCAUCAGCUUUUAUGUUCGAUCGUCCGUUAGUGAACGAAGAAUUAAAAUGAGCUGCGCGCUGCUGGCGAGAUCUGGGCGUUAUUUCUGGGCUACACUAAAUAUUUAAUGGGAUGCAAUGCAUCAGCAUUGGGAUUCUCAUGCGAAAAGACGUCAAGAGAGAAGUUCAACAUGUAGCCUAUCUUAUGCGCGAAUAAAUUAAUGAUGGGUAUGGAAAAAGCCCAAAUGGAAAAACAAAAAGAGGAAACUAUGCAUCACGACAUUGGAGAGAAAAGCUUUUUUUUCGCUUUGAAUUAUGUAAAUUAUUGAAUGAUACUAGCCCCCUAUAUAUUUCUCGGCCGUGAAAGAGGAAUCUCUCACGUGAUGUAUUAUGCAUCAGGGUGUCUCCCCGAUGCAAAGAUAUCAAUCAUUUAUUAUUCAUCACGCAGAAAAUCUGGGAUCAAAAACAUCAAUUUGAUAUUCAUUUCCAAUUUUCUUUCUUUUUUUCAUAUUGAUUUUUGAUAUAGCGAACGGGUGGUAGAGGGUGUGGCCGGCGCCCCUUUUUCGUGAAUCAGAAAUGGACGAAGGGAUGUGGAUCAGCAGCACGGGAUCGACGAUGACGUCCGAUCCGGCCGGCUCGUCCUCUGACGGUUUGAUGUUGCUGUCGGAUCCGACGUCCGUUUUCUUCAACUCGACUUGGCCAUUCCCGGAAAUGAGCGACGGCAACCGGACGGCCAGCGGGAACACUAACAACAACAGCAGCGGGACAGUAUUGACGGCUUUUGGGGACAUGGAGCUGGACCUGUCCGUCAUCGAGCGGUUCCGCUCCAACCGGCGUGUCAACGACGUGGCCUUCUUCUGCCUGGUGGCCGCCUACUGCCUCCUCAUCAUCUUCGGGACCAUCGGCAACUCGCUGGUCGUCUACGUCGUCGCCUGCCAGCCGGCCAUGAGGACGGCCCGCAACGUUUUUGUCGUCAACUUGGCCAUUUCCGACUUGCUACUCUGCCUCAUCACCAUGCCAUUGACGUUGAUGGAGAUCCGGUCGUACACUUGGCCGCUGGGUAAUUCGCCCGUCUCGUGCAAGAUGGUGGGCUCGUUGCAGGCCGUUUCCAUUUUCGUGUCGACGCUGUCCAUCACGGCCAUCGCCCUCGACCGUUACCAACUGAUCGUCUACCCGACUAAAAAAAGCUUCCAGCUGACGGGCGCCCUGCUGGCCCUGGGCGGCAUCUGGAUCCUGGGCGUCGUCCUGGCCCUGCCGCUCUUCAUCGUCCGCACGCUCCAGCACCACGACAUCCCCAUCCCCAAUUCGCCCAUCAGCUCCGUCGACUAUUGCCUAGAAGAGUGGCCCAACGAGCGCGGCCGCUCACUCUACUCCAUCGGCAGCAUCUUGAUCCAGUACGCCCUGCCCAUCAUCACCGUUUCGGUGGCUCACGCCCGCAUCUGCAACAAACUCCAAGUGCGGAUGGCAUCCAUGAACCAUCAACAGGCCAUCCGCCAACAACAACAACAGCCGUCGCUUAAUAACGCACCCAGUCCCAGCACCAGUAACGGCCACCCGUUGCAGAAUUCAGCCGUAAUGACGGCCAAAGAUUCGGCUGUGACGGCCGAUGGGCGGGCGGCGGCCCGCGAAGAGAAACUCCGUAAAACCAACACGCUCCUAGUGGCCAUCGCCAUCAUCUUCACCAUUUGCUGGCUCCCGAUGAACACGUUCAACGUCGUCGUGGACACGUGGAACGUCUUUGGCGACGACACGGAGACGAUGCUGAUCGUCUACGCCGUUUGCCACAUGGUCGGCAUGUCCUCGGCCUGUGCCAAUCCGCUGCUGUACGGUUGGCUGAACGACAAUUUCCGCAAAGAGUUCCACAAGAUCGGGACUUCGUUCGUGGCCAGGAGCAAGAACAACAGGGCGACGACGCAGAGCAUGAGGCAAAGGGCCAAGAUGGUCGUCCAGCAGCAGACGGCAACCGGCAAACGGCCCGACUCCAAAACAAUGGGGCUGCCCUCAUCGCCAGCGGUGGAAGGCGCUGGAUCAUUUCAUGUCGGGAGUCCCGCGGGAGCUGCUGUCAUGCCCGGCGCCAGCACGGCUGUGACGAUGUUGCCGUCGCCCACCACCGGUCUGCUGUCGUCUCAUUACCGGACGGAAGUGACGGUCGUCACCCACCUGGUCCCGGACCCAUCACCUACACCUAUUACACCUUGUCCGGCUGUCACCGUCUAUCACCGGGUUAACGACAUCAACUUGACGGCCUCCUCACCACCCGAGAAGCACCUUUGAUUAUAUAGAAGAAGAAGAAGCCGAUGACAGCUGGCCAUCAUCACACGUAUACGCCAUCGAUCGACUCGCCGGCGUACCUCAUUUCCUAUUUCAUUUCCCAUCAGCUCUUAUUAUAUCUUUUAUAUCCUCGAUAUAUUUGUUUAUAUUUAAGUGAAUUCGCUUCAACUGGCGUAUAUUUAAAUCUAAAUACAUUUAUAAGUGUGUUCCAAUGCGGAGGCCGUUAGCAGACGACAUUUGAUUGAAUUUGAUUGUUAUAAUUAUAUUUUAAAAAAUUCCUAUAGCGAAAGAAAAAUUCUUUUGAUGUUAUUUUUUUGUCUUAUAUCGGGAUUGGGAUUUAGUUUGCAGACAUCCCGGAUCGAUGGCUACAUAAUAUGUUCGUGAAUAAAAAAAAGGCUUGGAGGGAAUAAAAUUGGCUUAUAGAUGAAAAUAUGUGACUUAUAUAUAUUCCCAGCUGAGAAUUGCGUGUCUGUCUCGAAUGCGAUUACACACGUUAAUACGUUCGCGUCUGUUAGGAACAUUUUGAAUAUGAAUACGAUUAUACAUGCUGGGGAAACCCCCGCUGUCAAAAUCAGUUUAGCAUUGACAUCAGGUUGACAAUUCAAUUCAUAUUUGGUCUAAUUUGUUUGAAAUAAUAUUCAGGUCUGCAUGCUAAACGUACAUACGAAUUGAAAGUUUACAUAGAGUUGUACUUGUUAAAUCCAUUUCUGACCAGUUGCGCUUAUUAAUUCUCAGAUCACAAAAAUAACACUAAUACGCCAGAUGUUAUCUAUUUAAUAGUUGUGGCCUGUGUACUACAUAUGACUCAUUCGACGAAAAAAAAAUUAUUGAUUCGCUUUCUAUACCGUUCAAGUUGAUACUCUAUAAACCCAUGUAAGUCUAAACCGCGUCUAAACUAGAAUACACGAUUUCUAUUGGGA